AUGCGGGCGUCGUCGUCGAGGGCGAGCGAGAGCGCGAGCGGGGUGAGCGCCGCGAGAAGGUGCGCGACACCCGCGUCCGCGGCGUCGGCGACGACGACGCACGCGCGCGCGAGCGUCGUGAGAAGAGCGAAGGGGACCGGUGCGGAUGAUGAACCGGUGGUGGUGACGCUCAAGGUUGAUGGGAUGAUGUGCGAGGGGUGCGCCGAGAGCGUGACCACGCUCCUGAUGAAGAACGACAAGGGCGUGAGCGUGAGCGCGGUGGACAUCGAUCUCGAGACGAAGAUGGUCAAGGUGUCGAUCGCGUGCGAGAGCGUGGUGGAAGGCGUGACAAAGCUCCCGGCGCUCGUGGACGUCGUCGUCGCCGGCGGCUACGAGGCUGAACCCGUGUUUUGA